AUGGAUUACCUGUUUGGGAUUGUAGUGCUGCUGUGUGGGGCGGUGCAGCCGGGAAGAGGUGUAGAGCCCAAGCACAACGUACCCAGGCUAAAGCUGUCAUACAAGGAGAUGUUAGAGUCCAGUAACCUCGUCACCUUCAACGGCUUGGCCAACAGCUCAAGCUACGACGCUUUCCUAUUGGACGAGGAGCGAGGGAGACUACUGGUCGGAGCCGAAGACCACAUCUUCUCAUUCGACCUCGUUAACAUCAACAGAGACCACAAAAUGAUUGCGUGGCCCGCCACCCCCUCCAAGAGGGACGAAUGCAAGUGGGCAGGGAAAGACCUCGGGAAGGAGUGUUCUAACUUCAUCCGGGUCCUCCAACCCUACAACCAGACCCACCUGUAUAUCUGUGGCACAGGAGCCUUCCACCCCAUCUGUUCUUUUCUGGAGAUGGGCAAGAGGGCAGAGGACAACAUCUUUCGACUGGCCUCGCAUUUCGAGAAUGGCCGCGGGAAAAGCCCCUACGACCCCAAAAUGCUGUCAGCCUCGCUCCUGAUCGAUGGAGAGCUGUACUCUGGCACAUCUGCUGAUUUCAUGGGAAGGGACUUUGCUAUUUUCCGUACCCUGGGAGAUCAUCAUCCAAUCAGAACGGAGCAGCAUGAUUCAAGAUGGCUGAAUGACCCAAGGUUCGUAGGUGUUCACUUGAUCCCAGAAAGUGACAACCCUGAAGACGACAAGAUCUUCCUAUUUUUCAAAGAGAAUGCCAUGGACGGAGAGCACACUGGCAAGGCUACCAUCGCCAGGAUAGGACAACUGUGUAAGAAUGACAUGGGAGGUCACAGGAGUCUGGUGAACAAGUGGACCACUUUCCUCAAGGCCCGGCUAAUGUGUUCAGUGCCCGGGGUCAACGGCAUUGAUACACACUUUGAUGAGCUACAGGACGUGUAUCUUAUGAGCUCCAAGGACCCAAAGAAUCCAGUUAUCUACGCUGUAUUCACCACAUCCAGUAACAUCUUUAAAGGCUCGGCAGUGUGUAUGUACAAUAUGGCAGACAUCAGGAGGGUUUUCCUGGGGCCCUAUGCCCACAGAGAUGGACCCAACUACCAGUGGGUGCCUUUCCAAGGGAGGGUGCCCUACCCCCGCCCUGGCACUUGCCCCAGUAAGACAUUCGGAGGAUUCGACUCCACCAAGGACCUCCCUGAUGAUGUCAUCACCUUUGCCAGGGGUCACCCAGCCAUGUACAACCCAGUGCACCCAAUUGGCGGGCGUCCCAUCAUGGUGCGGACGGAUGUGGACUACCAGUUUUCCCAGCUGGUGGUGGACAGAGUGGAGGCUGAGGACGGACAGUAUGACGUCAUGUUCAUCGGGACAGACAUGGGCACGGUGCUGAAGGUGGUGACGAUCCCCAGAGAGAGCUGGCACGACCUGGAGGAGGUGGUGCUGGAGGAGAUGACUGUCUUCAGGGAGCCGACUCCCAUUACUGCGAUGGAGCUGUCCACCAAGCAGCAACAGCUGUACCUUGGCUCGGGCCUGGGCGUAUCGCAGAUGUCUUUACACCGUUGCGAGGUGUAUGGGAAAGCUUGCGCCGAGUGCUGCCUGGCCAGAGACCCUUAUUGCGCCUGGGACGGCGCUGAGUGCUCGAGAUACUUUCCUACCGCCAAGAGGCGAACCAGACGGCAGGAUAUCAGAAACGGAGACCCUCUGUCCCAGUGCUCAGACCUUCAGCAUCAUGAUGACGUGGACGGCUUUGGAAGCAGCGUGGAGGACAGGAGCGUGUAUGGCGUGGAGAACAGCAGCAUGUUCCUGGAGUGCAGCCCCAAGUCUCAGAGAGCGCUCAUAUACUGGCAACUGCAGAAGCCCAACGACGACCGCAAGCACGAGAUCAAGCUAGAUGACAGGGUGCUCCGUACGGACCAGGGCCUGCUCAUACGCAGCCUGACCCAGUCUGACUCAGGAGUCUACCACUGCCAGGCUGUCGAGCACGGCUUCAUCCAGCCCCUACUGCGCCUCAACCUCCAGGUCAUCCCCACCCAGAAACUGGGUGACAUCCUGCCUGGGUUAUCCGGUGCAGGAGGCGGGGCAGGUCACUCUCCCAAGCACAGGCUGUGGUAUCGAGACUUCCUGUCUCUCUUGGACCACCCAGACCUCAACAGCGUGGAGGAGUUUUGCGAUCGAGUUUGGAAGAAGGAGCGCAAACAGAAGAGGGUGAAGACACCCGCUGGGAGCAGUCAGGGUAAACCUGACAGCACCGGCGCUACCGUCCUCGCGUUACAGCCUAAAGCUUUGCCUCCCAAUGCCCAGAGGCAACAAGCCGGUCCGCCGCAGAGCAGGUCAUGGCCCCAGGGUGGAGCUCCAACAGCUGAAGGGCCAGCACGGAGCCAGGCUACCCAGAAAGGUCAACCAAAUAUGGGUACGUUGAGCAGCCAAGCACCUAAGAACAAUCAGAAGACGCAAAAUGGCCAGAAGGGACAGGGCAGCCUGGCCGGCUCUCAGGCCGCGGUGGGGUCUCGGGCGAGCAGCCAGCACGCGGCCAAGUGGAGACGGAUGCAGGAAAACAAGAAAGGGCGCAACAGGAGGACCCAUGAGCUUCAAAGACCCCCACGUAGCGUUUGAGGAAAAAGCACAGAGAUGCACACAUGCAGUCACACACAAGCACAAACCCAUGCAUCCACACACAUACACACAAAACACAUUCUAUAGAUUGUGUGUCCAACGUAUGAUUCAGUGACCUCGCCAUGACAACAGCAGAACCAUAAACAAACAACACUUUUAGGUAGAAAUCCAUGAGCUGCACUCGACAAUAGAGCUUUCAUUCAGAGACAUACACAUAACCUGUGAAGAGGACAAAGACGAAUAGAGGACUGAAAAACUGGAAUGCAUACUGUAAAUGUGUGAGGAUACGGCUGGUUGCCUGGGAUACUGCCUGGCAGACACUUCAACCUCCUGUACAUAAGCUACUAAAAUAAAACUGGGACAAAAACGUUGAGUGAGGUGUUUGUUGGCGAGCAGACGGACUUAAUGUGCUGAGAGAACAGUCGAUAGAUACACAAACGUUAACGGGGAGCAGAGACGAUGCGACCUGCCGCCCUCUGUGACCUGAGCAUGUGAACUGCAAGAUAGCGGAUUUAAAAAACUCUUAUUUUGAAGAAGCGUUUGAGCAGAAAAGAACCUUCCGUCUCGUCCUUCGAGUGAAGACGGACGACAGCAACCUUCAAAGGAGGAAAGGGAAGGGUUGCACCUGAAGCAUUGUUACAUGCAAAAACUGCAAAGUCGCGCCGCGGUGCAGAGAAAGUGCUUCAUCAUAACCUUCUCCACGCGAGGCUGGGAAUUGUGCAUGUUGUUGUCAAUCAAUGUUUUAAUAAGCUAGUUAUUUUAUGGAAUUCUAGAGGCUUUUUUUUACACCCUAAAAAAACAUUUUUUCUUUUAUAUUUCCUUUCCUUUCCAGACCACUGCUUCUAUUUUGGGGGGCAAAAAUUACAAGCAACAUAGUAGUCUAUUGUGCAUUAUCCCGUCAGCUCUCCAGGAUUCUGUGUAAGUUAUUAUGUUGUUGCUUUUCCUGGGAUUCGUAGACUCCGGGCACGAAUUCCAGUCGUAGGCUACGCUAAAAAAAGCCAGUCUGAAAGUUGUUUUGUGUACAUAUAUACAACAAACUUAACUCUCUGUGUAUAUACAGUACAUAUACAGUACAAGAACACCACUUGAUUAUUAUUUAUUGCUCAUUGUUUUGUGAAAGGGUUGCAUUUAUUUUUGAUAUUAUGGUAUUUUUGGCUCAUCAAUAUAAUGGAGAAACAAUGGCAACAGCAACUAUAAGAAAACUUUGAUGGACCAACUGGCUGAAAUCGUGUCGAGGAAUUCCCUUUUUGGGGAUGAAAGGGUUACGUUUAGGAGUACAGGGGUUUGUGUCACGACUAAAUGGUUGACAGAGAUCCCGCAAACGAUAAGCACAAUUUUGUCAACAUUUCGUUCUCCCAAAAUCCAUCCAACAUGUCUUUGUUCAUCCAGUCGCCAUUAUGUGUAAGAUAAAUCCCCGAACUGAAAAAACAUUAGCUGUGAAUCUCUGUAAGAAAUAGUGGAGAAAAAUGUUAAAUCUAGUCUGAAGGAGAAGACGCGUUAUACUGCAUGUGAAUGCUACCUACAGUAAGUGCAUCUUUUUUAAUCGUCUCUUUACGUGUUUUGUGUGAGAGGUAAAGUUCCCUUAAAGCAAGGUGUGAAUUACUUUUGUCCUUUUGCCAAAACAGUGAUAUGAACAACUCACGAUACUCUGGCCAAAGCUUCAACUUUCAACAGUGGUACCCCCUCCUGUGUCCCCCUGUUCCCCUUAAUACACGACAAGAGUAAUGUGUCAACGCAAUAAAUUAGAGCAGAUAGUGUUCUCUACCAAAACUCCAAAGUUUGGUGUGUCCCUGAUUCGGGUCUCUCCCUCAGAGUUAGAAAAGUGAGAGGGCUGAAAGUUACCGCUGCUGUAACACAGUUCUUUCUGGCAUGCAUUCAGUUGUCUAAAUAAACAUCUCCGUUACAAAAAAAA